AUGGAGAAGAAGGCCCACGUUACGAUGUUACGAUUAGAGAGGCAUGGUGUCAGUCGCCGCGCCUUGAUCGCGUUCAUCCUCAUCACUCAAAUUUUGGUCUUAGCCAGCACCAAUUUCGCAGCGUAUACCUGGGGGAUAACACGAUUAGUGGAAAUCUUGGCAUCAGCCCCACGCAUGUCCAAUUCUAACAGUUUUAGUGGACCUCAAGUCCGCACACAACCAAAGUUUUUGGAGUUGAAUGAAGCAUACGCCGAGAGACCUUCUCCCGCCACAGAUGCAGCGUGGGAAGCCAUAUUUCCACCUCAUGGUGGCUUCUUCAAAGACAGCGAGAUCGCACCAACUGGCGCAAACGUUCUUCCACCUAGUGGCAUUUGCGGAAUCUUGAAAAUCAAACUCAAUGGUCUAUAA